UCCCCGCACUCAGAACGAGGCUGCCGUGCCGCUGGGAAGUCGCUCCGCAUUCUGUUUCAUUCAUGCCGUAGACACACUUCACCUUUGGAAAGUCAGCGCGAAGCCUCGGACGAGUCAGGACGCCAUCGAGAAAAUGAACGCAAGUUUAAGGUUUUAAACAUGGCCAGGAGAGCGAAACUGAGGACUGAUAUUUCACGGCUAGCGGCUGUGUUGCUGUGGAUGAUGGUGUAGACAGCAGCUCUGUACGGGCAAGAGAGUGAGAGAGAGCAACAAGGACACUGGGUCAAAAAGACUCUCUCCUCACGUCAAGUUGACAUACACACAGUUCUUUCACUACAACAUCAGGAAGGUGAAACCCACCUGAACGUCUACUUCCAGAUAUAGUGAUACCAGACAUGCUACUGUGCAGGAGGGGGCCUUAUCCCACUCCUCUCCACAGGGCCUUCCACCUCAUACUCUUCCUCACAUCCCUCUGUCAAAGUGGGAUGCUAGAAGCCUCUCUCCCCUCCUUCUGGACCUUUGUCCCAUCUGAGGGGGGGCUCACACACCUAGUCAUCCACAAUAAAACGGGUGAUGUCUACAUAGGUGCCAUCAACUGGAUCUAUAAGCUCUCCAGCAACUUGACCAAACUGCGCAGCCAUGUGACAGGUCCAGUGGUGGACAAUGAGAAAUGCUACCCGCCACCUGGGGUACAAUCCUGCCCGCAUGAGCUGUCACAGACAAACAAUGUCAACAAGCUGCUGCUGCUAGACUCAGGGCAAAACCGGCUCAUUGCCUGCGGUAGCACGUCACAGGGCAUCUGCCAGUUCCUGCGACUUGAUGACCUCUUCAAGCUGGGUGAGCCGCACCAUCGCAAAGAACACUACCUCUCCAGUGUAUCCGAAGCAGGUACUAUGUCUGGUGUUGUCAUCAGUGGCUCCCAAGGUGUAAGCAGUGGUAAACUGUUUGUAGGUACACCAAUAGAAGGCAAAUCGGAGUACUUCCCAACUCUAUCUAGCCGUAAACUGAUGGCCAAUGAGGAAAAUGCUGAUAUGUUUAGUUUUGUGUAUCAAGAUGAAUUUGUCUCAUCACAGCUAAAGAUCCCUUCAGAUACACUUUCUAAGUUCCCCACCUUUGAUAUCUACUAUGUUUAUGGCUUCAGCAGUGAGCAGUUCAUCUAUUACCUGACCCUUCAGCUGGACACACAGCUGACUUCACCUGAUGCUAGUGGCGAACAGUUCUUCACCUCCAAGAUCGUACGUCUUUGUGUAGAUGAUCCCAAGUUUUACUCUUAUGUUGAGUUUCCUAUCGGAUGCACCAAAGAUGGGGUGGAGUACCGGCUGGUCCAAGAUGCCUACCUUACCCGACCUGGUGCCAGACUGGCUCGAUCACUAGGCAUCUCUGAGAGGGAAGAGGUACUGUUUACCAUAUUUGCUCAGGGCCAGAAGAACCGGGCCAAGCCACCCAAAGAAUCAGCCCUGUGUCUGUUCACAUUGCGCAAAAUCAAACAGAAGAUCAAGGAGAGGAUUCAGUCCUGCUACCGGGGGGAGGGCAGACUGUCCCUGCCCUGGCUGCUGAACAAGGAGCUGGCCUGCAUUAAUUCGCCUCUGCAGAUAGACGACAACUUCUGUGGCCAGGACUUUAACCAGCCGCUGGGUGGGACAACCACCAUCGAGGGCAUCCCCCUCUUUCUGGACAAAAACGAUGGCAUGACCUCAGUGGCAGCCUAUGACUACCGUGGCCACACUGUCACUUUUGCUGGGACCCACAGUGGCAGGGUGAAGAAGAUCCUGGUGAACUCUAUUAACCAGCCUGCUCUGCUGUAUGAAAAUGUGGCUGUGAGUGAAGGGAAUUCCAUUCUGAGAGACAUGCUCUUCAGCCCAGACCAUCAAUAUAUAUACACACUCACAGACAAAAAGGUGAGCAGGGUGCCAGUAGAGAGCUGUGAGCAGUACUCUAGCUGUAAUGAGUGUCUUGGAUCUGGAGACCCCCACUGUGGCUGGUGUGUCUUACACAACCUUUGCACUCGUAAGGACCGAUGUGAAAGAGCUGAUGAGCCCCAGCGGUUUGCCUCCCGCAUUGAGCAAUGUGUCAGACUCACUGUCCACCCAAACAAUAUUUCAGUCACCAUGUCUGAAGUGCAGCUCGUCUUGCAGGCUCAGAAUGUGCCCAGUCUGUCUGCAGGAGUAAACUGCUCAUUUGAGGAUUACACAGAGACUGAGGGACACAUCAUUGGAGGACGCAUUUACUGUCUGUCCCCCACCACACGCGAGAUAGCCCACAUUACACGCAACCAGGGUGACAAGCGUAUGAUGAUGCUGUACCUGAAGUCAAAAGAAACAGGGAAGAAGUUUGCAAAUGUGGAUUUUGUCUUCUACAACUGUAGCGUCCACCAGUCAUGUCUCUCCUGUGUGAAUGGCUCCUUCCCCUGCCACUGGUGCAAAUAUCGCCAUAUGUGUACCCAUAAUGUCAAUGACUGCUCCUUCCAUGAGGGCCGAGUAAACAAGUCAGAGGAAUGCCCUCAGAUCCUGCCUUCCACACAAAUCUACAUCCCAGUGGGCGUAAUGAAACCUGUCACACUGCUAGCCCAGAACCUUCCACAGCCACAGUCAGGUCAAAGAAACUACGAGUGUAUCUUCCACAUCCAGGGCAAAGAGUACAGUGUCACCGCACUGCGCUUCAACAGCACCAGCAUACAGUGCCAGAAGACCCUGUAUGACUAUGAAGGCAGUGGCAUCAGUGAUUUGCCUGUGGACCUGUCAGUGGUGUGGAAUGGAGACUAUGUCAUCGACAACCCUCACAAUAUUAAAGCGCACCUAUAUAAAUGCUAUGCUCUGAGGGACAGCUGUGGGAUGUGUCUAAAGGCUGACUCACGCUUUGACUGUGGCUGGUGUGUUCAAGAGAAGAAGUGCUCCCUUAAGCAGGAGUGUGCUCCACCAGAGAGCACCUGGAUGCACCCCAGUGCUGGCAACAGUCGAUGUACACAUCCCAAAAUCACAAAGUUAUUUCCAGAGACAGGUCCACGGCAGGGGGGAUCCAGGCUCACCAUCACUGGAGAGAACCUGGGGCUGCAGUUUAGAGACAUCCAGAGUGGAGUCAAGCUGGGGAAAGUGCCAUGCAUUCCUAUUGAAGAAGAGUAUAUCAGUGCAGAGAGAAUUGUGUGCCAGCUGAACGAUGCUACUGGGUACCGUGUGCAGGAGGCCCAAGUAGAGGUGUGUGUUAGGGACUGCCUGGCAGACUACAGGGCACUGUCACCUCGAGCAUUUACCUUUGUGACCCCAUUCUUUGCUCGUGUGCAGCCAUCUCAGGGGCCUCUCUCUGGGGGCACCAGAAUCACCAUCGAAGGCAACCACCUCAAUGCUGGCAGCUCAGUGGCUGUUAACAUUGGUCGCCACCCCUGUCACUUUAAAAAGCGGAGUUCUAAAGAGAUAGUUUGUGUGACCCCAGCUGGGGUGACCCCAGGAAGUACUCCGGUCAUGGUAGACAUUGAUGCUGCAGAGCUAAGAAACCCUGAAGUCAAGUUCAACUACACAGAGGACCCUACCAUCCUGCGCAUAGAGCCAGACUGGAGCAUUGCCAGUGGUGGAACUCUUCUGACCAUCAGUGGUACCAAUCUGGCCACCAUCAAGGAACCCAAGAUUCGUGCCAAGUAUGGGACUGCAGAGUCCUUCCAUAACUGCACAGUCUACAAUAACUCGGUCAUGGUGUGUCUAGCACCAUCAGUAGCUCACUCUGAGAGAGGCUUUGCAGAGACUGGCAGCGGACCAGACGAGCUCGGUUUCUACAUGGAUAAUGUCCAUGCUCUGAUGGUGGUGAAUGAGAGCUUCAGCUACUAUCCUGAUCCGGUGUUUGAGCCCCUGAGUCCAACUGGCAUACUGGAGCUCAAACCUUCCUCACCUCUGAUACUCAAAGGACGUAACCUGUUCCCAGCAGCACCAGGAAGCUCCAGACUCAAUUACACAGUGCUGAUCGGGGAAACUCCAUGUGUGUUGACCUUGUCUGAGACUCAACUGCUAUGUGAAUGGCCCAAUCUCACUGGCCAACAUAAAGUCACCAUCCGGGUGGGAGGGUUUGAGUACUCCCCAGGCUCGCUACACAUUUACUCAGACAGCCUCCUCACCUUACCUGCAAUCAUUGGAAUUGGAGGAGGAGGAGGGCUUCUCCUGCUGGUGAUCAUCGCUGUUCUCAUCGCAUAUAAACGCAAGUCCCGAGACGCUGACCGCACUCUCAGACGGCUUCAGCUACAAAUGGACAAUUUAGAGUCCAGAGUGGCUCUAGAGUGCAAAGAAGCAUUUGCAGAACUCCAAACAGAUAUCCAUGAACUGACUCAAGAGUUGGAUGGAGCUGGAAUACCUUUCCUGGACUAUAGGACCUAUGCCAUGAGAGUGCUCUUCCCUGGCAUUGAGGACCACCCAGUGCUCAAGGAGAUGGAGGUACGGGUGCAAGCAAAUGUGGAGAAGGCUCUGACACUGUUCGGUCAGCUCCUGACCAAGAGGCACUUCCUACUGACAUUUAUCCGCACUCUGGAGGCUCAGCGCUCCUUUUCCAUGCGUGACCGUGGCAACGUGGCAUCCCUCGUCAUGACUGCUCUGCAGGGGGAGAUGGAGUAUGCUACAGGAGUGCUCAAGCAACUACUCUCAGAUCUUAUAGACAAGAACCUGGAGAGCAAAAAUCACCCCAAACUGCUGCUCCGCAGGACGGAAUCUGUGGCUGAGAAGAUGCUUACAAAUUGGUUCACCUUCCUCUUGUACAAAUUCCUGAAGGAGUGUGCUGGGGAACCUCUGUUUAUGUUGUACUGUGCUAUAAAGCAGCAGAUGGAGAAAGGCCCCAUAGAUGCCAUCACAGGAGAGGCGCGCUACUCCCUUAGUGAAGACAAACUUAUCAGACAGCAGAUCGACUACAAGACCUUGACCCUACACUGUGUGAACCCAGAGAAUGACACUACUCCAGAGGUGACAGUGAAAUGCCUGAACUGCGACACCAUCACCCAGGUGAAGGAGAAACUGUUAGAUGCUGUUUAUAAGGGCAGUCCCUACUCUCAAAGACCCAAAGCUGGGGACAUGGAUCUGGAAUGGCGGCAAGGCAGAAUGGCAAGAAUCAUUUUGCAGGAUGAGGAUGUUACUACUAAAAUUGAUAAUGACUGGAAAAGACUGAACACAUUAGCACAUUAUCAGGUAACAGACGGGUCAGUCAUUGCGCUGGUACCAAAACAGAACUCAGCCUACAACAUCUCCAACUCUUCCACAUUCACCAAAUCGCUCAGCAGAUAUGAGAGUAUGCUGAGGACAGCCAGUAGUCCUGACAGUCUUCGCUCCAGGACACCCAUGAUCACGCCUGACCUAGAAAGUGGCACAAAACUCUGGCACCUAGUCAAGAAUCAUGACCACUCAGACCAGAGAGAGGGUGAUCGUGGAAGCAAGAUGGUUUCAGAGAUCUACCUGACACGACUAUUAGCUACUAAGGGCACAUUGCAGAAGUUUGUAGAUGACCUGUUUGAGACGAUAUUCAGCACAGCACACCGUGGCAGUGCCCUUCCCCUUGCCAUCAAAUAUAUGUUUGAUUUCCUGGAUGAGCAGGCAGACAAACACCAGAUCACAGAUGCGGAUGUGCGGCACACCUGGAAGAGUAACUGUUUGCCUUUGAGAUUUUGGGUGAAUGUGAUCAAGAAUCCUCAGUUUGUGUUUGAUAUCCAUAAGAACAGCAUUACGGAUGCCUGCUUGUCUGUGGUGGCUCAGACUUUCAUGGACUCGUGUUCUACUUCAGAACAUAAGCUGGGAAAAGAUUCACCAUCUAACAAGCUGCUCUAUGCUAAAGACAUCCCCAACUAUAAGAACUGGGUAGAAAGGUAUUACUCCGAUAUAUCCCGUAUGCCUGCUAUUAGUGAUCAGGACAUGAGUGCGUAUUUGGCAGAGCAGUCCAGACUUCACCUGAACCAGUUCAACAGUAUGAGUGCCCUCCACGAGAUAUACUCCUAUAUCAUCAAAUACAAAGAUGAGAUCCUCUCUGCACUGCAAAAGGAUGAACAGACUCGGAGGCAGAGGCUGCGCAGCAAGCUGGAGCAGGUCAUUGACACUAUGGCCCUGUCCAGCUGAGGACUCACUCUUUUUCAUUGCUCUUUAGGCCAGUCUGAGCUACCCUAACAUCCAGACACAAAGCUAAUUGACUGAAAGACAGAAACAGUACACUGGAGACCCCUCCCCAUUACCAUAACACCAGGAGGGUGGGCAUCCUCUCAUAUCAGUCCCCCAUACACAAAACACACCAAAAUGUCUCUCCUAAAGGACGUUUUUAACUUUUUUGUUUAUUAUUAUUAUUAUUAUUAUUAUUUUAAAGUGUGUUGAAGGACAUUUGUACACAUUCUUAAGUGAAUAUUUUAGAUCC